GUAAAUAUAACAUCUAAAAUACUAUGAAAAGUCCAAAGCCCUGUUAUACAGACUCAUCUCUCUGUGUUUCGACUCAGUACGUCUCUUGAGUGAUGGGAGAGAAAAGCAUGGAAGAAACUCUACUAGCGAAAGAGAUUGUGACUGAACAACCGAGAGUUACAUGGGAUGUUUUCAGUCUAGAAAUGAGGAGGAUUUGCCACAUAGCAGGGCCUAUGGUGGCUGUGAUUUCAUCUCAAUAUUUGUUGCAAGUUGUCUCAAUCAUGAUAGUUGGUCAUCUCGGUGAGCUCUAUCUCUCUGGCGCUGCCUUAGCCAUCUCCCUUGCCUCGGUCACAGGUUUCAGUUUUCUUAUGGGAAUGGCUAGUGGACUGGAAACUAUUUGUGGACAGGCUUAUGGAGCUCAGCAAUAUCAAAAAAUUGGAGUGCAAACAUACACUGCUAUAUUCUCUCUCAUUUUGGUUUGUCUUCCCUUGUCUUUACUCUGGAUCAACAUGGAAAAGAUACUAGUUUUCAUAGGCCAGGACCCUCUAAUUGCACAUGAAGCAGGGAAAUUCACAAUUUGGCUUCUUCCAUCACUUUUUGCAUAUGCAAUUCUACAGCCGUUAGUUCGAUAUUUUCAAAUACAAAGUUUGCUUCUUCCCAUGCUUGUUAUUUCUUGUGUCACUCUUUGUCUUCAUAUACCCCUUUGUUGGGCUUUGGUAUUCAAGACUGGACUGAAUAAUGUUGGUGGAGCCUUAGCACUUAGCAUUUCAUACUGGUCAAAUGUGAUUUUUCUUGGAUUAUAUAUGAGAUACUCUUCUACAUGUGCAAAAACCCGUGCACCAAUUUCUGUGGAGCUGUUCCAAGGAAUUGGGGAGUUCUUUCGUUUUGCUAUCCCUUCUGCAGUAAUGAUUUGCCUUGAAUGGUGGUCAUUUGAGCUGCUUGUCUUGCUGUCUGGGCUGUUACCAAAUCCACAACUUGAAACUUCAGUUCUAUCCGUAUGUCUCAAUACCAUUGCAACUCUGUAUACAAUACCCUUUGGAAUUGGUGCUUCAGCAAGCACAAGGGUUUCAAAUGAAUUAGGAGCUGGGAAUCCACAUGGUGCCCGUGUUGCUGUGUUGGCUGCGAUGUGCCUUGCAGUCAUUGAGACAAGCAUAGUAAGCGGAACCCUCUUUGCCUGCCGCAAUGUGUAUGGUUAUAUUUUCAGCAAUGACAAGGAAGUUGUUGAUUAUGUCACUGUCAUGGCUCCUUUGGUUUGUCUAUCUGUUAUACUGGACAGCAUACAAGGUGUUCUCGCAGGGAUUGCUAGAGGUUGUGGCUGGCAACACAUAGGGGUAUAUAUCAAUCUAGGGGCCUUCUACCUCUGUGGGAUUCCAGUUGCAGCCUCAUUGGCAUUUUGGCUAAAACUGGGAGGAAAAGGUCUUUGGAUUGGGAUACAAAGUGGUGCUUUUGUUCAAUGUGUUUUGCUUUCUACCGUAACAAGUUGCAUCAAUUGGGAACAGCAGGCAAUCAAGGCAAAAAAGAGAUUAUUUGAUGGUCAAUUUUCAGCAGAUAACAGACUGGUAUCUGAAUCCCAUGCUUAAGGGGCAAUCUUCUAAUGAUGGGGACAAUUCUCCAUGAGAUAAUCUUAAAUAUACAAAUUUUUGACAUCAAGGGCUAGAAUUUUGUGAGGAAUUGAAAAUUAUCUUUGGGGAAAUAGUGGUAACAAGUCAACAUGCAUGGACCCCAGCAAUGGGUGUACCCAUUGAAGAUGGUACCAUAAAUACCAAUCCAACUAUUCUCAAGGAAAUUGCUGAAUAUGAUGAUUAAGAAUAUAAUCCUAAUGAAGAUGCUAGCCCUGUGAACCUAUGGUAAAUAACCAACUCAAGAGGAAAAAAUGGCAUCUGAAGCAAUGAGUAAAAAAAUGGCAAAGGGUAAGCAAAAGAAUGGGAUUGUAGCAAACUUGCUAAAAACAUUAGAGCAAAUGGCCAAAACAACAGAGAGUCAUAAUGCAGUUGAAGCGACUUAGAUGUCACAAACAUAUGAAAUUAGUGGACACUUUUCCAUUCCGGAUGGCAUUAAAAUACUGAAAAAUUGAGAGAUGAAGGGAAAUUGGAUGCCAAACAAUUUUCUAUGCAGUAGCUUUGUUUAGAGUGCAACAAGAAAGAAUCAUUAUUAUGUCCUAUUCAUGAUCUCAUAGGGUGGAUUUUGUACAAAUAUGAAUUAGAUAAAAACUCUAGUGAUUAGGUUGUAAUUUGAUUAUAUUUGCUUUUCUCAUGUUAAAUGUUGGACUAAUUU